CCUCCCUUUAGUUUAUCAGAGCCCUUCUUUAGUUUAUCAAAGUCCCUCUUUAGUUUAUCCGAGCCCUCCUUUAGUUUAUCAUAGCCCUUCUUUAGUUUAUCAGAGCCCUCCUUUAUUUUAUAAGAGCCCUUCUUUAGUUUAUCAGAGCCCAAUUUUAGUUUAUCAGAGCCCUUCUUUAGUUUAUCAGAGCCCUCCUUUAGUUUAUCAGAGCCCAUCUUUAGUUUAUCAGAGCCCUUCUUUAGUUUAUCAGAGCUCCUCUUUAUCAGAGCCCUUCUUUAGUUUAUCAGAGCCCUCCCUUUGUUUAUCAGUGCCCUUUUUUAUUUUAUCAGAGCCCUUAGGCGACGUAACACUGGAAUAA